CUCGAAACAUAGAUUAAAAGGCGGAGGGCGUUCGUAAACGAAACAAUAGGGAUUGGAACGAACAUGUUAUAGGCGUUGAUGCUUGCAUUGGUUGUGGAUUAAGUAUUAGUUGACACGGUGUAUCACCUUCGUAGUGUUUUAGCUAUAGACGUUACUGCAAUUUUUCAUCUAAUAAUUUCAAGGUACAUUACCUAAUAUGGUGCUGUGACGCUAUUUCCGUUUCGAAGGUAAGGGCGCUUUCCAGGAAUUCUAUUGACACGAAACCGCAUCAAGAACGCCUCCAAAUUUUUAGUGCAAAUACUAGAUUUAUGAAUGGACAGUCACUAAUAUUCGUCAUUAGCAGUGACAUUUCGUAUUAGCGAUUAAAUAAAGCAGUGGAAGAUGUCUUUCCGUGUGGUAAGAAGUAGCAAGUUCCGUCAUGUAUACGGAUCUGCUCUGAAAAGAGAACAAUGUUAUGACAAUAUUAGAGUGUCAAAGUCAUCGUGGGAUUCCACUUUCUGUGCAGUAAACCCAAAAUUUUUGGCGAUCAUUGUUGAAUCGGCUGGUGGCGGAGCGUUCGUCGUCUUACCUUUGAGUAAGGUUGGUCGCAUUGCAGCAGACCAUCCGUUGGUUGGUGGACAUAAGGGGCCAGUCCUAGACAUAGCAUGGUGUCCACACAAUGACAAUGUUAUUGCUAGUGGUUCAGAAGACUGUGUUGUCAAGGUGUGGCAGAUUCCGGAUGGUGGUAUCUCUAGAACACUUACAGAACCUGUUGUGGAUCUUGUAUACCAUCAAAGACGAGUUGGUCUUGUCCUGUGGCACCCAACUGCCUUGAAUGUCCUUCUCACUGCAGGUUCUGACAACCAAGUGGCAAUAUGGAAUGUGGGAACAGGUGACAUUUUGGUGCACAUAGAUUGCCACCCUGAUGUUGUAUACAGCGCAUCUUGGAACUGGGAUGGUUCACAGCUCUUGACAACUUGUAAAGACAAAAAGAUGCGCAUCAUAAAUCCACGCACUGGCACUAUUGAGGAGGAAGCUGUGUGCCACGAAGGAAGCAAAGCAACGAGAGCAAUCUACUUGAAAAGUGGUCUGAUCUUCACAACAGGUUUUAGCAAAAUGAGCGAGCGCCAGUACUCAUUGCGAGCACCCGAACAUCUUGCAGAGCCAAUUGUUAUGGUUGAACUGGAUACAAGUAAUGGUGUGAUGUUCCCACUCUAUGACCCAGAUACAAAUCUUGUGUACCUGUGUGGCAAGGGGGAUAGUGUAAUAAGGUAUUUUGAGAUAACAGCUGAACCUCCAUUUGUGCACUAUAUAAACACAUUCCAGACACCAGAUCCACAGAGAGGCAUUGGAAUGAUGCCAAAGAGGGGAUGUGAUGUUAACUCUUGUGAAAUAACAAGGUUCUACCGGCUAAAUAACUCGGGCCUUUGCCAAGUUAUCACAAUGACAGUUCCACGCAAGUCAGAGCUGUUUCAAGAAGACCUCUACCCUGACACUGCUGGUGACACAGCGGCAUUGUCAGCAGAAGAAUGGAUAAAUGGGCAAGAUGCAGAGCCGAUACUUAUUUCUUUAAGAGAUGGAUACCAACCAGCUGCUCAGAAAUCUGACUUGAAGGUUAGCCGUAAACCAAAUGUACUGGACAAGAUGCCCCCAAAGGGUGGACGUGGUGCAUCAUCUGCCAGUUCAGGAGGAAGCAGUGCUGGGGGUGGAGGAUCUGGAGCCUCACUUUCAGAUGACAUCAUUAAAGAGUUCCAAGAGGAGAUGAGAAAGAUGAAGGCUGUGAUUGUGAAGCAUGAGAACCGUAUACGUGCCUUGGAAGCACGUUUAGCAGCAUCGACGCCAGCAGGUGGCGGCCAAGGGGAUGAUGAAGGUGGUGAUGGUCUAGGGAUGGCGCACCCACCUGUCGCUGCAGGAAGUGGCGAUUCUGUCAGCAACAGUCAUCCGCAAGCUGUGACUGCAUCUUCAUCAGAUGAAUUAGCACCUGAUGAAGUUUAGCAUUUACCCAGAUCCAUUCGAAUUGGAAGUAGGCUACAGAGUCAUCACUGUGAUUCCCAUAUUGGGUCAGUCACUUAUAUGUAUUUUAAACGUUUUGUAAGCUAGGCGCAUCUGCUAUAUUUUUUACUUUCAAAAAUUGAGUUAGAAUGUGUAAAAAUAACUGCCUUCAUUUAUUUUAAAUACAGCUGCAUUUGCAGCAUUGGUCUUCCUGAUGAGAUGCUGCCUUGGGAAACGUCUGAGAGAAAUCUCAAUUAUUUAUUAUAUUUUUAAUGAACUGCACUUAUUGUUGUAGCUGAUACCAAAAACAACACCCAGUAUUUUUCAAUACACUUGACCUAUAAUUUUACCUGAUUCGGUUUACCUUAACUUAUUAUUGAUUAUAUAUGUUACAUUGAUCAUUCAGGCGUUUACAAAUUUAUAACCUAGCUGAUGUUUAAGUCUGUUAUUGUCUUAAUCCCAUUGACGUUCUACCACUGUCUAUGAUAAUCCUACCAAAAUGUUUUUUGAGCAUCUAAAUGUGUUUCUUCAUACAGUGUGGUGUUGCCAAAUGUAAUCAGUAGUUGAAAUUCCUGCACAUAGCAGGCCAGUAUUUUUCUGUGUAGUUCCCCCUGACAUUUAGUUGCAAAAAAUGUUCUUGAUUGAUUGAACUUACUGUAUCUAGCACACACAAUACUUACUUCAUGUUAUUGGUGUUUUCAAGUUGUGAGGACUGUACUGUCACAAAAAAAUAUGGGCUCUUCAUAUAUGCUCAAUGUGUGUGUGUGUGUGUGUGUGUGUGUGUGUGUGUGUGUGUGUGUGUGUGUGUGUGUGUGUGUGUGUGUGUGCGCGCGCGCGUGCGCCUGUGGUGUUUAAUGAAUGAGAGACCACUUAAUGCUCACACUGCAAGUUAAUUAGUUUAAAGUGCUAUUUUUAUUACAUUCUUGAUCUCUGUUACAGAAGAAUCAUCAGAACCCGCAUUUUUAAGUGGAUUUAUUUAUGUAAUUUAACAGCUUUAAGUAUUGUUUAUCCAUUAAUAGAAAGAAUUAAGUUUUUUUAGAAUAGCUGUUGAUGUGUACUCGGGAGACAGAGGUGUAAAAAGAAAAGACUGUUAAAGAGCUUGUUUUGAAAUACUAGUCGCUUAUGCACAUAACUAAAAGGAGUCAUAGUACUUCGGUGCUCAGCCAAAACUUGCUCUUGUGCUAAUCUACCAUGCUGCAGAAACGACUAUUUGCUAGUAAUAGAGCUUAUAUUUUGUAAAGAAGAAAACGUUAAUUUCUGAAAGCUGUUAUCACUUGUUUUUGAACGCACACUUUUAAUGUGAUUUUGAAUUGACUUCAGUGUCAGUCCUUUGAAGAACAGCACAUUUUCAUGCUGUUUAGAUUUCAAAUGUAAAUUGUUGGAUUUUGUAGAAGUUUAAUGUUGACAUAUAAUUAUGUGAUAACUUUAUCCAAGCCAGUAAUAACUAUUUUUGUACUCUGAAGUAAAUUGUACUGAUAUUUCAUACAUCACAACAGCAUCUUAGUGUACACCAUGAGCAUGUUGGAGAACAUUAAGUGGCUAUAAUUUUGAUAAUGAUAUAUAUAUUAUAUAUGUGUGUGUACUCAUUCUGCAUAUCUCACUGAAGUAGACUUUGACUAUACUUUGUUACGUGCUAUUCCUGCUAUGGCAUUUUACCUUUGAACAGUGAGCUCAAAUGCUUCUUGAUGAUUGUGUGGUAAUAGUUAUGAUAUUUUUACUUUCUUGCUAAAUUUACAGUCAUUGUUUUAUACUUGAUAUGGGUGAUGUAGCACGAGUCAUUACUGUUACGAUUUUUGACCUAUUAAGAAGAUGAGUUUCAGGUUCCUAAGCUAUUAAUUUAGAAACCGAAAAUGAAUGCCCUUCAUUGUAACAUAGUAAAUACAACAAUUUAGAAAAUAACUCUGUAGGAAGUGUCUUUUCAAUGCCAAAUUGUAAAUAAAGCAGUAAAGUCUGAAGCCCCCACUUAUCAUUUCAGGUGAUAUGCAUAUUGUAUAGAUACAUCAUAAAAAUCCCAAAAUGGUUCAUUAUUCUUUGUAAAUAUAUAUGCAUAUAAAUAUAUAUAUUAGUAAUUAUACCAAAAUGCUUUUGUCAUUUCUAAGGAGUCCAUGACAUAGUAUGUACGUUAAAAGCCACGUGUAGAGGCUUUCAAACAGGCUGUGUAUUUGUUCUGAAAGAAAAGAUAACUGUGACAACAAAAUUGUCUCUGUUUUUUUUAACUAAUUAUACAUGACUUUUUCUUAACCCACUGUGAGUUGUUAGACUUUAAAGUUUACUAAUUCUCUUGUAGUUCAGAUUUUUAAAUUAAGAAUUUUUCUGUGAUUGUGUAAAAACUGCCAUGUUAACUGUACAGCUCAUGUUAUACUUGCUUAAUUUUAUUGUUAUUGUGGAAAUGAAACUGUGCUUAUUCUCAUUGCAGCAUUUACAGUACAAAGUGUAACCCACUUACUAAAAUGGUGCCUUCGGUUGAAAAAAAUAAUAUUGCAUGAUUUCUUUCAUUCUUUGAUCUAAAUUCAUGUACUUAAGAUAUAAUGUAUCUAAUAUAAAAUUAUUGUUCUGUAAAUUUCAUUUAGUUUAAUAAAAUGUUAAUUUUUGUCAA